AUGUUGAGGAUUACGGUGGUUUUGGCUGUGGUUCUGGGUAUUGCAUCAGCUGAUGGAAAUGCUAAGGUGAGUUGGCUAGAUAUGCCAUUUUAUGAUCUGUAAAGAAAGUUCUUGCCAUUUUAUGAUCUGUAAAGAAAGUUCUUGCUAUUUUCUGAUUUGUAAAGAAAGUUCUUGCCAUUUUGAGCUCUGUAAAGAAAGUUAUUGCUGUUUUAAGCUAUGUAAAGAAAGUUUUUGCCAUUUUAAGUUUUGUAAAUAAAGUUCUUGCCACUUUUGCUUCAAAUAAGCCAAAAUAUACGACAGAUCUUACUUUUUGUUCUGUAAAAAAAGUUCUUGCCAUUUAUUUCUUAUAAAGACAACAGUUUACUUGUGCAGUCUGCGGGCGACAAGUUAUACGAUGGGUGGUGAAGGCUGCCGUUUUUAGCUCUGUAAAGAAAGUUCUUGCCGUUUUACAAUCUGUAAAGAAAGUUCUUGUCAUUUUAAGUUUUGUAAAUAAAGUUCUUGCUAUUUCCUUCUCAUAUUCUCUUGUGCAGUCUGCGGGCGACAAGUUAUACGAUGGGUAGUGAAGGCUGCCGUUUUUAAAGCUGCAAAGAAAGUUCUUGCCAUGUCUUGCUCUGUAAACAACGUUUUUGCCAUUUUAUAAUAUGUAUGCUAUUUAGCGUGACAUUCAAGAAGAACUGGCAUCAGGAGUGAUUGAAUCAGACGCUUUGCUUCAGAACUCCACGGAGCAUCCGGCUUCGAUUCUACGUGAAGAGCUGGUCCGAGCCCUGAGGCUUAAGCGCUCGGUCGAAGAUACAGUAUCCGAUUUCGAAAAGCAUGUCAAGAAAUUGGGCAAAGAAGCCGAAAAAGAGGCUGAAAGCUUAAAAAAUACAGUAACCAAUGGCACUUCCGAGGCCGUGAAGAAGGCCAAAGCCGCGGCCAAGAGCGCCAAGAAGUCGAUCAAUGGUGCUGUGAAGACGGCCAAGAAGAGUAUCAAUAGUGCUGCCAACAGUACCACCGAGACCGCCAAAAGUGCUUGGGGCAAAAUCUCGAGUGUAGCGAAUGAAGCCAAGCAGAAGGUCGAGAGUGUGUUCGGAGUUAGCACGAGUAGCAGUGAGAGUGAAGAAGAGGGUAAUGAGACGACAAAGAAGCCAAAGAAGAAUAAGAAGAAGAACAAUGAUAGAAGAAGAAGAAGGUCGAUUAGGUUAGUCAAGAGAUCAAGUGACCUGGAGAGUUUGAAGAAGGAUGUUCAAAGUGGAUAUGAUGAUGUUAAGGUAGGUUUACAUUGUAAGGAUAAUAAAACUAAGUAGUCUUUAUGACAGGGCAGGUAGGGUAGGGCAAGAGUACUAGAACGAAGACUAGGACUAGGACUAAGCUUAGGCCCAAGACCAAAACCAGACUCAAAAAAGAAGAACCAAGACCAGGACCAGUACUAGGACCAAGGUCAGGACCAAGGUCAUGGACCUAAAGGUAGACUGACACUAAGACCAGAAGUAGAAUUGGCUAGGACUACAACUGGGACUAGGGCUUUAGGCUAGGGUUCUGGGCUAAGGCUCCGGGCUAGGGCAAGGGUUAGGGCUCUGGGCUAGGGUUCUGGACUAGGGCAUUGGGCUAGCUAAUUUAAUUAUAUUUUCCAGUCUCAGUCAUCUCAAGCGUUGUCAGAUGCCCAAGACAAAAUCCAAAGUGGUCUAAACUCGGCCAGCAAACAAGGCCAAAAACUUAUUGACCAAGCCGGCAACGUUGCCAGCGACACUGGCGACAAGUUGGUCGGCUUCAAUGAUGAUGUCGCUCAAGGUUCGAGUAAUAUUUUUGACGAUUUAAAAGCCAAAUUUGGCCGUUAA